UCAUUUCCCAAAUCACCUCAUCAAUUCCUUAAUCCCAGCUUAAUCAAAUCUCCUCUUCUUAAAAAAUAAACUCAAAAAUUCCCCAAUUUCUGAAAUUAAUUUCCUCAAAAUCCUAAUUUAAUUAAAAAAAUUAAUCAAGAGCUGGCUAUCAUUAACCAAGCAACGGUGGAGGCAGCCGAAGAAACCACCAACAAGAAGGUGGUUCUUUCCCUAUAUGAAGCCUUAGCCUCCCGUAACGCGGAAAAGGUCCAGAACCUUCUUGCUCCUGAUCUUGAGUGGUGGUUCCAUGGUCCGCCGUCCCACCAGUUUCUCAUGCACCUUCUCACCGGCACUACCUCAUCUGACGGUCAAGAUUUCUUCAACUUCUCCCCUCAGUCAAUCGUAGCCUUUGGUUCUCUUGUUCUUGCUGAGGGCUGCGAUCACACCCGUAAGAUCUCCUGGGUUCACGCUUGGACGGUCACUGAUGGGAUAAUUACUCAGGUUAGAGAAUAUUUCAAUACCUCUGUUACUGUUACACGCCUUGGUAAACGUGCGACCAAUAAUAACCAGAUUUCUACGACCGCCGCACAUCACCAUUGUCAGCCUCUUUGGGAGAGUAGUCUCUCUAAUCGGGUCGGGAAAUCGGUUCCUGGUUUGGUUCUUGCUCUUUGAUUUUGUUCUAGCUAAUUGAAUUCUGACGCCUGGCUAAUAUGGGUUGAAGUAUAAGGUUUAUGGUUAUGGUGUUUUUAUUAAGUUUUGGGAAGUGAAAUUACUUUGUUGCCCUCUUGAUUAUUGUGGUUUUCUGGAAUGUUGUCCUUCUGUCGUCAAUGUUAUGUAAUGGCUUCCUACUAUGAAAUAAAACUAUGUCGUUUUAUUAA